AUGAAUACCCGCCAGGUUAUCGACGAGUCUCUCGGCCCCUAUUCACUAUCGGCCACGUUCAACAAUGAUAGCAGUUGCUUUUCGGUGGGCCUGAACACGGGUUUCUGCGUGUUUAAUUCAAACCCAUGUGAGCUCAAGGUCUCCCGAGACUUCAACGCGGGCAUCGGCCUCGUCGAAAUGCUCGGUCAGUCCAACUAUCUGGCUAUAGUUGGCGGAGGACGAAAUCCCAAGUUCCCCCAGAACAAACUCGUCAUCUGGGACGAUGCAAAGCAAAAAUCCGCCAUUACCCUCGAGUUCCGCACCUCCGUUCUUGGUGUACGUCUCUCCAAAUUCCGAAUCGUCGUCGCUCUCCUAAACAGCAUACAUGUGUUCGCUUUCUCGACCCCUCCAAAGAAGCUAUCGGUCUUCGAGACCUCGGAUAACCCACUGGGCUUGGCUUGUUUGGGGCAGAAGCUCCUUGCAUUUCCUGGUCGUUCCCCUGGACAGGUGCAGGUAAUUGAGCUGGAGACGGGAAAUAUAAGUAUUAUACCUGCUCAUAGCUCACCGUUACGAGCCAUGGUCCUGAGCCCGGACGGGGAGGUGCUAGCAACAGCCAGUGAAGCAGGUACCCUGAUUAGAGUAUUUGCUUCGGCAAACUGUACGAAACUAGCGGAACUGCGUCGAGGCGUAGACCAUGCGGUGAUAUUCUCUCUCUCGUUUUCUCCAUCAAACUCCCUGCUAGCAGUAACAUCCGACAAGUCCACCCUACAUAUCUUCGAUAUCCCCCAUCCCAAAAAAAUGAUUCGCCGCAGCCGCAGCCAGUCUCCAGCCUCAGCCACAGAGGAAGGGACUAACCAGAAAUGGGGUAUCCUGGGCAAACUCCCUCUUCUUCCGCGAGUGUUCUCGGAUGUGUACUCGGUUGCCAACGCGCAUUUUGAGAUUGGCGAAGAACUGAACUCUGGAUCAACGCAGCCUAAUGGAACUCUUGGUCGGCCGCUCAAAGGCGUUAUCGGCUGGGUCGACGAGCAGACACUCCUGGUGAUUGGAUCCGGUAGGGAUGGACGAUGGGAGAAAUUCAUUCUUCGAGACGGUGAUGAUGGAAAGCGGCAUUGCAUGCGGGAUGGUUGGAAACGAUAUCUCGGGGGCUGA